CAACUGUUCCUCGAACACGUCGGACAGACAUCCGAUAACCCGAUGAUGCUCGAAGUGGAGCGCGCCGAAGGAAUCUACCUGUACGGGCGAGACGGGAAACGGUGGAUCGACCUGAUCUCCGGCGUCUCGGCGCAGGACUACCUGCACCUGAUGGUCUACGGCGAAGCGGUCGAAUCGCCUCAGCGAAGCGGUCGAAGGGGCGUUGAAACUGCCAAACGCUAUACCGGACGAACCGAAAUCAUCUAUUACAAGAACGCUUACCACGGCAGUACGCACGGCUCGCUCAGCGUGAUGGGCGGAGAGGAGUACCGCAACGCAUACCGCCCGCUACUGCCGGACACCCGGCAAAUCCGGUUCAACGAACCCGCAGACCUGCGAUACGUCACUCCGCGCACGGCCUGCGUCAUCAUCGAACCGACCGGAACGCUACUGAUCUACGACGAAAUCCAGACCGGACUCGGACGUACCGGCACCCUCUACUUUUUCCAGCAGUACGGCAUCGUCCCGGACAUCUUGUGCACGGCGAAAGCUUUCGGCGGCGGUAUGCCGCUGGGCGCGUUCAUCGCGUCGAAUCGAAUCAUGUCGGUGCUGAAACCAACCCGGUACUGGGCCACAUCACCACGUUCGGCGGACACCCUCUGCUGCUGCGCCGGGCUCGCCGCCCUGGAAUACAUCCUGUCCGAACGACUGACGGAACAGGCCGACGCAAAAGGAGCGUUGUACGAAAGCCUGCUCGCCGACAUCCGCUCGUCCGCGAAAUCCGGCGGACGGGUCUGCUGCUGGGCGUCGAAUUCGGCGACAGCGAACUGA